UAAACCACAGGUCUCUGACAAAGGGAACUGGUGUAUAAAAGGGUCAACUCAACCCGCCUAAAGACAACAGGUUCAGUCAGCUGCAAGCAUGAUGCUGCACGCUCUGCACAGAAUUCUGCUUCUUCAUCUUCUGACAACUCCUGGUCUACCCGCAUUUGGUAGUGAAAUCAUAAAGGGUGAAAAGGUCCCGGUGAACCAAAUGCUGUAUAUGGCCUCAGUGCAGAAUGACAAACACGAUCAUUUCUGUGGAGGAUUCCUCAUCAAUGAAGACUUUGUGGUCACUGCUGCACAUUGUGAUAAACUCAAUCCUACAAAUGUUGUUCUUGGUACCCACGAUCUCAAGAAGAUUGAUGAAACAAUGAGAUACAAUGUGAAGAGAUGCAAGCAUCCAUCUUAUAAUACAGUUGGAGAGGGGUCGGACAUCAUGCUGCUCAAACUGUCCAGGAAAGCUCAACUGAACAGAAGAUUGAAACCGAUUUCACUUCCAAAUUCUGAGAUUGAGAUAAAAAAUAACCAAAUGUGCACUGUAGCUGGAUGGGGCGAAACAAGUGGUGGUGAAACUGAUGUCCUGCAAAUGGUGAAUGUGAACAUCCUUGACCGGGAUGUCUGUAAUAAACAAUGGAAUAAAAAACUUCCUGCAGGUGUUAUCUGUGCAGGUGGAUAUCAGACAGAAAAAGGAUUCUGUCAGGGUGAUUCUGGAGGCCCUCUGGUGUGCAACGGGAAGCCAGCUGGUGUUGUGUCUUUCAACUCGAAGCUGGGCUGCAGAUACCCAAAUCUGCCCAAUGUGUACACAGAUCUAUCAAAAUACCGCCGCUGGAUCGAUGACACGAUGAAGCAUUGUUAAAUGUAACAGAUCAAUACUCUGAUUGCGCUGUACUAGCUCCUUAAAUAUCCUCUAAAAACUUAAACAGAAAAGCUUGUAUUCAUAACCAACAUUGUUGCUUGUUAGUUCACCAUUAUAAAUCACCAUUAUAUCAACUUGUGUUAUCCUGAAAGUAAAGCCAGCUUCUUAUCACGUGUAGCUUUAGUCUUACAUCAUUUGGUAAUGUUACACAUAUUUGUGCACAAAGGAUUAUUUCAACUGAUUCCUCGUCACUGAUCAGAAAACUACAACCUGACUAUUAUGCACACAGAAACUUCAAAUCCAUUUAAGCUGGCUUGCAUUUGUAUCCCAGAUGAGUUAACAUGUUCACACUUGAUCCUGAUGAAACAGGUUGAAGGGUGUGUACCCCUAAACAGUUGCAAUGGUUUCAGAUUUGAUGCCCAAAGGCCUUGAUGUACUAAAAGUCUGCAAGUUUUUCCAAUUUUUGGGGAGGGUUAAAUGGUGAAUUGAUAUACAUUUAUUUACACUUUAUUCUUUUUUCAAAACAGCUUUUAUGAAUUUGAAAGGUGUCUACACGCUUAUUAAAGAUAUUUGCAUUCA